CGUCAGUGCGCCGGUGGGGCCCAGAGGGAGGUCAUAGCGUUCUCCUCUCUUAUUUUUUUUUUUUUUUUGAAUCCUGGAAGACUUUUAUUUUUUAUAGUUUCGCAUCCAUAAGCCUCUUCCUUUCUUUCUCUUUGAACGCCUUCUUCCCAUCUUGUAACCCAGUGGCUACACGAGUAGAGAAAACGAUAUCCUCUCCUCCAACAACCAUUGUCAUUGCCUUUUCAGCAAGAGAUCCCAAGACUUUAACGUUGCUUUUGUUUUUUAAUUUUACUUUUCGUGGUGCGGGUCGAGCCCAGGGUUUACACAUGCUAGGCAAGCAUACGACCUCAGCUCUGCUCCCCCCACCCUGGGCGUUUCAAGGUAGCGUCUCAAGAUAGUGAGACCACGGCUGGCAAUGAAUUCAUAAUCCUGUCUCAUUUUCCCAAGAACUUGUAAGGCCUGGACUACACGCCUGGCAGUUUUCACAGUUUAAAUGGCAGAAUUGCACUUUGAAUGAAAUUGUCUGUCUCCUUUCUCACAGGACUAAUUCCAGACGUUUGGGACAUAAUUGCAAUGACAAGCGUUUCCACUCAUUUCCUCUUAGUACCUAAUUGAGUUUGGAGUGUGCAGCCAGACAUAAUAAGCAACAAGUCAGAGGCCACCGUGUGCUCAGCACCCAAAACAGUUUGUGCUUUUAAAUGCCUAGUGCUUACUUGUCCACUUGUGCUUCUCUUGCCUGUGUGUGCGCAUCUUAUUAAUUGAGUCAGUUCCUUAUGUCAGUUCCUUUAUGUUAGUCUGUUUUAUAGCCGUCCUUUACCCUUCCUCCUGAUUUUAGAGGUACCUAACAAACACUCCUGCUGUUUUAAAGGCUAAGAAGAACACAAGCUAGGGCCACUGAAUCAAAACUUAGUUUAGGCCUUCCUUGCUAGACGCCUGACAGUGCAUAGGGCGAUGAAAGUCAAGGUCAGCUCCUAGUUGGUGGGAAGCAGCUCAGCCCCCUUUAAAGUGAGCGUGCUAGUGAAUCCGCUCUGCAGCAGCGAUUCACAGUGACUUAAGUAAGGCAGUAGGGCCGAGUCUGCCUUCCUGGGAGGUGUGCUUUGUUAUCCCUGAUGUAAAGAAAGUAGCCUCUGGGGAAAGGGGCUGUCGCUGUUCUCGAAGAAGACUCAAGUUCAGGUCCCAGCACCCAGGUCCAGUGGCUCAACCACCUGUAACUGUAGCUCCAGUGAUCCGACCACCUUUUCCUCUCCUGGCAUACACACACACACACACACACACACACACACACACACACACUCCUCUCUUCACAAAGAAAGUAGCUUUAUGUUGGAACUGGUUUUAAGAGAGGGGAGAAUUUGGAAACUGACAGAAGUUGAGUUUAGGCUGAAUGGGUGUGGGUUUUGUUUUUAUUUGUUUUUGCUUUUCUUUGCAAAUGGACAUAAGAGUAAAGAAUGAGUUGAUCUUUUCCCCUAAAUACCACUAUAGCUUUUAAAUCUGCGGUUAAUACAGUUGAUUGGUCGCUGUUAAAAACUUUAAAAAAAAUAGUUGUGCACCUGUCCCAUUGUGGAUUCCCAGGUCUGUGUGCAGGUCACUGAGUGCAUGGGACAGCUUUGUUCCCUCUGGGAACAGGCCCAGCACCUUGCUUGGUAUGUGUGAGGAGCCCUAUAGGAAUAUGUGCAAGGAGUACUCUUGUGCUCUGUGUAAAUAGUGCAAAGUCCUCAGACAAGCAGAGCAACAGGACAGAGAGAAUAUAUGUGUGGGAUGUGGUGCAGGGUAUAGGAGUCUUGUUCAGGCAUCUCGAGUUGACUUGAGUUUGACUAGGCCUAGGAGAGGCAUGCAGGAAGCUGGAAACUCCAGUGCUAAGGGAUCCUUGCCUGUUUAGGCAGGUUGAACAGGCACUGGCUACAGCUUGGGAACUCUUUGUGCUGAGCACUGGAUCAGCCAGAAUUUCCAGCAGCAUCUGAGGCCUGCUGGUGCCAGUUUUCUCAUCUGUAAAAAGUUAAUGAAUGUAUAACAUUGGGCAAGCCUGUUAGAAAACAGGCUCUCAGAUACUAGUCAUUAACAGCAAGGGUCUGGAGACAGAGUGCUUGCCUAGCAUCAGUGAAGCCCUGGGUUCAGCCUCCAACACCUCACAAAACUGUGUGGUGACAGAUACCUAUAAUUGGGGCAUACCAGUGGUGAGAACAGGAGAAUCAGAAGUCAAAAGUGAAUUUGAAGACAGGCUGAACUAAAUGAGACCUCGUCUCAAAGCAAAACAAACAAACAAAUAAAAAACCUAUCAAACUAAAAGAAAUUUGUCUUUGCAUUUGACAUUUGGCUAUCGCCCCUCUUCAGCUGAAUGACUUGUUGGUGUUUCUCAGGGAAAGUCUGGACAAUAGGCAGGCUCAUAGUUAAGCAUAGCUUGCCCUGGUGCCGCAGUAGGAUUCUUUGUGAUCUAGUCUGGAGUCAGGACUCUUUGGAAAUAAAAAGGGGAACACAGUGGGGUGACCCUGGGUACUGGACAUGAGCUCAUUAUCCUAGGUACCUCCUGAGCCUUUGGGGUUUGUUACAGCAUUUCCAGGGUUGAGUGGAGGUAGUGUUGCCACCCAAGCAGGCUGAAGCUGGCCAAGCAAUGUGGUAGCUGCUAAAGACUGGACAGGCUGGGCCCUGUUUAAAGCCCAGGCCCUGCGGCACUACCUGGAGGCCAAGUCUUUGGUCCUUUUCUUAGGUGUGGGGUGACAGUGGAAUAGGGAGAGGAUGAGAUCAGCCUGCAAGUCAUGGUCAUAUGUAUGGGCAGCGGGAAGUAGAGUUUUUCUGGGAGGCUGAUCCUAGAGCAAGUGGUGGAGAGAUGAUAGUGCAUGUUUGCAGUCUUUAAAUGCAGGGCAUUCUUACAGGCCCGUUGUGGGAAUCACCACCAGAAACACCUCCUGCCUCAGCAGAGGAGGGACCUUAGGUGAGUGUGGGACUGUGUCCUGUGCUGAUAACUUACACCACAGACCAUAGCCUGAGGUUGCUGUUGGGGAAGACAGGAAACCUAAUGGCCAUUGGAGUGCUUCAUGGAAGGGUCCUCUGACUGUCCCAGUGGCCCUUUGGCCCUGCCUUCUUCUGGUGAGAGCUGUUGGUUCUCAGUCUUAGGAAUUUCUCCUCCUCUCUCAGCUCAUAAGCAAGCCUCAGCCCAAUGGGGUGUAAGAGCUGAAGGACAGGGUAGGGUCCUGGCAGCCUUCAGGCAGCCAUACAGAACCAUGUACAUCCACAGGCCUGUUCCUGUGGCCCACUCCUCCCUGUUCUUGGCUGCUUUGCUUUUGUAGACCUUCUGACCACUGCAUCUAAAGCUAGUCUCUCUUCCCAGUUUUCUGUCACCUUUGUCUCAUUUGCACUGGCUUGUUUGUUUUUGUUUUUGAUGUCCCUGCUGCAGUAGUCUGGAUUUCUUUGGUGUUUAGCAUGGAGCCUGGCACGUGGCAGCUGCUCAUGGAGUCUCAUUCUGCACUGUUCCGAAUUGGACAGAUGAACAACGUGGAGCUGGAUGAUGAGCUCCUGGACCCGGAAGUGGACCCUCCUCACACCUUCCCCAGGGAGAUUCCACACAAUGAGAAGCUCCUCUCCCUCAAGUAUGAGAGCCUAGACUAUGACAACAGUGAGAAUCAGCUCUUCCUGGAGGAGGAAAGACGGAUCAACCACACGGCUUUCCGGACAGUGGAGAUCAAGCGCUGGGUUAUAUGUGCCCUCAUUGGAAUCCUCACAGGCCUAGUAGCCUGUUUCAUUGACAUUGUCGUGGAGAACCUGGCAGGCCUCAAGUACCGAGUCAUCAAGGACAACAUCGACAAGUUCACAGAGAAGGGUGGCCUGUCCUUCUCCCUCCUGCUGUGGGCCACGCUGAACUCUGCCUUCGUGCUCGUGGGGUCUGUGAUUGUGGCCUUCAUAGAGCCAGUUGCUGCUGGCAGCGGAAUCCCUCAGAUCAAGUGCUUCCUCAAUGGGGUGAAGAUCCCCCACGUGGUGCGGCUCAAGACGCUGGUGAUCAAGGUGUCCGGCGUGAUUCUGUCUGUGGUAGGGGGACUGGCUGUGGGAAAGGAAGGGCCAAUGAUCCACUCCGGAUCCGUGAUUGCUGCGGGGAUUUCACAGGGACGGUCAACGUCGCUCAAGCGAGAUUUCAAGAUCUUUGAAUAUUUCCGCAGAGAUACGGAGAAGCGAGAUUUUGUCUCAGCUGGAGCUGCAGCUGGAGUAUCUGCUGCAUUUGGAGCCCCUGUGGGUGGGGUCCUGUUCAGCUUGGAAGAGGGCGCCUCCUUCUGGAAUCAGUUCCUGACAUGGAGAAUUUUCUUUGCUUCCAUGAUUUCCACCUUUACACUGAAUUUUGUUCUGAGCAUCUACCAUGGAAACAUGUGGGACCUGUCCAGCCCUGGCCUCAUAAAUUUUGGAAGAUUUGACUCAGAGAAAAUGGCCUACACCAUCCAUGAGAUUCCUGUCUUCAUCGCCAUGGGUGUGGUGGGCGGUGUUCUUGGAGCUGUGUUCAAUGCCUUGAAUUACUGGCUAACCAUGUUUCGAAUCAGGUACAUCCACCGGCCCUGCCUCCAGGUGAUUGAGGCCAUGCUGGUGGCUGCUGUCACAGCCACAGUUGCGUUUGUCUUGAUCUACUCAUCUCGAGAUUGCCAGCCCCUGCAGGGGAGCUCCAUGUCCUACCCACUCCAGCUCUUCUGUGCAGAUGGUGAAUACAACUCCAUGGCCGCAGCCUUUUUUAACACCCCAGAGAAGAGCGUUGUCAGCCUGUUCCAUGACCCACCAGGCUCCUAUAAUCCCAUGACUCUCGGCCUGUUCACCCUGGUGUACUUCUUCCUGGCCUGCUGGACCUAUGGCCUCACAGUAUCUGCUGGUGUCUUCAUCCCAUCUCUGCUCAUUGGGGCUGCCUGGGGCCGACUCUUUGGCAUCUCCCUGUCCUACCUCACAGGGGCAGCGAUCUGGGCAGAUCCGGGUAAAUACGCCCUGAUGGGAGCUGCUGCUCAGCUUGGUGGGAUCGUGAGAAUGACGCUCAGCCUGACAGUCAUCAUGAUGGAGGCCACCAGCAACGUGACCUACGGCUUUCCCAUCAUGCUGGUGCUGAUGACUGCCAAGAUUGUGGGUGACGUCUUCAUUGAGGGCCUCUAUGACAUGCACAUCCAGCUGCAAAGUGUGCCCUUCCUACACUGGGAAGCCCCGGUCACCUCACACUCGCUCACUGCCAGGGAAGUAAUGAGCACACCUGUGACCUGCCUGAGGAGGAGAGAGAAGGUCGGCAUCAUCGUGGACGUCCUCAGUGACACAGCAUCUAAUCACAAUGGGUUCCCUGUGGUGGAGGAUGUAGGAGGCACCCAGCCAGCCAGGCUCCAAGGCUUGAUCCUGCGUUCCCAGCUCAUCGUGCUCCUGAAGCACAAGGUGUUCGUGGAGAGGUCCAACAUGGGCUUGGUGCAGCGGCGGCUGAGGCUGAAGGACUUCCGCGAUGCCUACCCACGCUUCCCCCCAAUCCAGUCCAUCCACGUAUCCCAGGAUGAGCGGGAAUGCACCAUGGACCUUUCUGAAUUCAUGAAUCCUUCUCCCUAUACUGUGCCUCAGGACGCAUCUCUUCCUCGAGUGUUCAAGCUGUUCCGGGCUCUGGGCCUGAGGCACCUGGUGGUAGUAGACAACCACAAUCAGGUGGUCGGGCUGGUGACCAGAAAGGACCUAGCAAGAUACCGUCUAGGAAAGGGAGGCCUAGAAGAACUUUCGCUGGCCCAGACGUGAGGGCUGGCCCCCACCCUUGGACAGCGGCACCCCGGCCCCUCUGCACCUCCUCCCAGGGUCCCUGGUCUCAGCCAAAGCCUUGCCCCCUGGGCAGUGCAGCAACAGGAGCAAAUGCCCUCCCUGGGCUUGGCUGGUGUGGGGGCCAGACCCUUCGUCCUGGGCGGUUGGUUUGCAUCAUCAGCACUUUUCCUAUUCCCUGACCCUCCAGUCCUCAGACCUGGGUUCCUUCUCCCAGGAUGAAAUGUGUGUUACACACCCUUCAUGGCUCACUUCUGAGAGCCAAUAGAGGCUAGUGUGUGUGCAAGAGACAGACAUGACAGGUAAGCAGGUGUCAGCUACUACUUACUACUGUUUUUGCUCAGACUCUGAGCGCUUACCCUGUGUCUUCACUGCUCACACCAGCCAGGAGCUUCAGCAGCAAGGGCAAGAGGAACUGUGCAGCCUAGAGCAGGCUCUGUCAGAGAACCCACAAGUGCUGCAUGUGCCAUCCCACGUGUGGGGAGACUGGCUCUAUGCCUGGGUCUUGUGAUCUGAAAAUCACAUGAAGACUGAAUUUGAAUUCACCAACACCUGCCCUAGACUUUCAGACCUGGAGUCAUGGCACUGGACCAUAGCCAGAAGGCAGGUCUUCUCAAAGCACUUAGGCCCCUGGGGUCCAUAGUAGCUUGCUUACUACUGUACUGUGUCGUACGCCCUUGGGAAGUGGCCUCCUAGGGCCUGGCCAUCCUGAGGUAUUCAUAGGAUGGAUGAACCUGUGAGCACCAGAGCCAAGGAACCUCACUCCGAAACCCUAUAUUGUCAGAGCUGGCCCCACUGGCCCAAGCUGGACCUGACCCCUCGGUCACCCGAGUCUUCUCCCCGGGGACUUUGUAAGACUGCUGCGUUGUCUCCAGCACGAGUUUGCUACAUGGCCACACAGGUCUUUCUCUGGAAAGCUGGCAGCCCCUGCCUUUCAGGUGUCCCUCCAAAAGAGUGGCUCUUCCUUCCAUGAAGAGAUGGGAAAUGAGAGCCCCUGGUUCUCUGCCUUCAGCUCAGCAUUCUGGGAGUCAGGCACUCAGCACGGUGAUAAACAAGUGCAGACGGCUCCUUCUGUAAACGGUAGCUGCUGUCUGUGUUGGGCAGUGGUGCAAUUCUUGAAGAGUAUUGUAGCCAGCCCAGGGCCCAGGGGGAGGGCCGUCCAGGGACUCUGGCCUUCUCAUCCCAUCACAGACUGGCUCUCAGGCUCACUGAAGAGCGUGGGUUCUGCGACCUGCUUGGAUGGCAAUCCUGUCCUCAAGCCUGGGCACAGCAGGCUCUUUAAGAGUUAAAGCUAACCCACCUGGUGGGUAGGUCCAAGUGACAAUGCCAGGGGUGCUCUGGAUUGGGAAGGGCCAUCCCUACAGUUCGACCCAAGGGGUGAAAGACACUGCACAGGGUCUCAAAGACUUGGUAUCACAAAAGCAUGUGCAAUCUGUCCACAGCUGUGUGUUGGCUACAUGUUGAAAUAAUAUUUUUGGAUAUAUUAGGUUAAAUAAAACAAUCAAAAUUUGUCUCUCCCAA